AUGACUUCAGCUGUUUCAAAAUCCCAGGGGGUAGUUCCACCAGCAGGUUUUGGUGUUCACGAAUUAUCUGUGGCUGGGUCUUCAGCUUCUUUUGUCCAUUCAGAAGCAGAGCUCACUGAUAAUGAAGAAACUGAGUUACAUUCUGUGUCUUGGACUCAGGAGUUCAGUUGCUUUGUUGAAACCUUCAGGCGAGAUCUGAAAAGCGGGGGAUUUAGGAUUGUGGAGAUGAUUUUCAGAUGCAAUAUUUUAGCACUUGUCGGAAGUAAAACCAAUUCCCAGUACCCUUCAAACAAAGUAAUUAUAUGGGAUGAUCAUCAGAGUCGAUGCAUUGGUGAGUUCUCAUUUAGAUCCAAGGUUCGUGCUGUUAAACUAAGUAAAGAUCGUGUUGUUAUUGUCGUUGAACACAAGAUAUAUGUUUACAAUUUUAUGGAUUCGAAGCUUCUUUGCCAAAUAGACUCUGGCAAUCCCCAGGGGACUUUGUUGCCUCUCACACCACUUGAAUUCAUCUGUGUUUGCCUGCCCUGGUCUGCGACGACGACAGAUCAGGUACGCAGAGAGGUAGACAAAGAAGAUAUAUACAGUAUUGCCCUAUCUCCAAAUGUUCAGUGGUUUCGAGUGACAAAGGCACUGUCCACAUAUUCAGUCUCAGAGUGCGGGUAG